AUCCGCAGCUCUCUCAAUCGCUACCUCAACGAGCCACCCUACUGCCGCACCCUCGACCUCACCAAGGACCCCGAGCUGCGCGCUGCCAACCUCACCCUGGCCGCUGUCAUCCGCAAGCUGGAGGAGCAGGGGGCCGGGCCGGUGGUGCAGAAGCAGGCCAUCACCCGCGCCGACCUCCGCAAGCUCUACACCUGCAGCGUCUUCAGCACCCAGAGCCCCUUCGGGCUCCUCAACAAGGUCUGGUUUGAGACCUGCAUGUACUUCUGCACCCGGGGCCGGGAGAACCAGCGGGAGCUGGAGGAGGACUCCUUUGGGCUGGCCGUGGAUGAGGACGGACGCAAGUUCGUCUACUUCAAGGCACUGGGGCCCUACCACAAGUCGCGCUCGUCCUCCUGGAGCAAGAAGCGGGCGGAGAGCAGCGACGAGGAGAACCUGCCCCGCAUGUAUGAAACUGGCACAGAGUUCUGCCCCUAUGCCAGCUUUGUCAAGUACCUCUCCAAGCGCAACCCCCUCUGCAAGGCCUUCUUCCAGCGCCCACGGGACCACUGCAGUGAGGGUGACAUCACCUGGUACGAGAACAAGGCCAUCGGCAAGAACCUUCUGGGCACCCGCAUGCAGAUGCUCUCGAAGGCAGCCAAACUCUCCAAGACUUACACCAACCAUUGCAUCUUGGUU